ACUCCUGACCCGCCUCGGCCUCCCAGAGUGCUAGGAUUACAGGCGUGAGCCACCGCGCCCAGCUUCAAAUACUUUUCAACUGCACUUCGAGUUCCAGGAAAACAGUGAGAGUCGGCCGUCGCUUCCCAGGGCUUAGGAGAAAGCCAGUCCCAACCCGAAUCGAUCCCGACCGCUUCCCGAAGGAAGGGCGGGUCGGUCCCUAUGACCUGCCGGGAGGGCGGCUCGGCCGGGCCGUGACCGUCCCGCCUAUGCACUCCACCACCCCCCUCGGCUCGCUCUUCUCCUUCACCAGCCCCGCGGUGAAGCGGCUGCUCGGCUGGAAACAGGGAGAUGAGGAGGAAAAGUGGGCGGAGAAGGCGGUGGACUCCCUGGUGAAGAAGCUGAAGAAGAAGAAGGGCGCCAUGGACGAGCUGGAGAGGGCGCUCAGCUGCCCGGGGCAGCCCAGCAAGUGCGUCACCAUCCCGCGCUCCCUGGACGGGCGGCUGCAGGUGUCGCACCGCAAGGGGCUGCCGCACGUCAUCUACUGCCGCGUGUGGCGGUGGCCGGAUCUGCAGUCCCACCACGAGUUGAAGCCGCUCGAGUGCUGCGAGUUCCCCUUCGGCUCCAAGCAGAAGGAGGUGUGCAUCAACCCGUACCACUACCGCCGCGUGGAGACGCCAGUGCUGCCUCCUGUGCUCGUGCCAAGACACAGCGAAUAUAACCCCCAGCUCAGCCUCCUGGCCAAGUUCCGCAGCGCCUCCCUGCACAGCGAGCCACUCAUGCCACACAAUGCCACCUAUCCCGACUCCUUCCAGCAGCCCCCGUGCUCUGCGCUCCCUCCCUCGCCCAGCCACGCCUUCUCGCAGUCCCCGUGCACGGCCAGCUACACCCACUCCCCGGGAAGUCCUUUGGAGCCAGAGAGUCCGUAUCAACACUCAGCUGACACACCACCCCUGCCUUAUCAUGCCCCAGAAGCCCCAGGGACCCAGAAUGGCCGACCUGUAGAUGCCACAACUGAUAGACAUUUAGUGCUAUCGGUACCAAAUGGAGACUUCCGGCCGGUUUGUUACGAGGAGCCCCAGCACUGGUGCUCGGUCGCCUACUAUGAACUGAACAACCGCGUUGGGGAGACGUUCCAGGCCUCCUCGCGAAGUGUGCUCAUAGAUGGGUUCACUGACCCUUCCAAUAACAGGAACAGAUUCUGUCUUGGACUUCUUUCGAAUGUGAACAGAAACUCCACGAUAGAAAAUACCAGGAGACACAUAGGAAAGGGUGUGCACUUGUACUACGUCGGGGGAGAGGUGUAUGCCGAGUGCGUGAGUGACAGCAGCAUCUUUGUGCAGAGCCGGAAUUGCAACUACCAGCACGGCUUCCACCCGGCCACCGUCUGCAAGAUCCCCAGCGGGUGCAGCCUCAAGGUCUUCAACAACCAGCUCUUCGCUCAGCUGCUGGCGCAGUCGGUGCACCACGGCUUCGAAGUCGUUUAUGAGUUAACCAAGAUGUGCACUAUCCGGAUGAGUUUUGUGAAGGGUUGGGGAGCUGAGUAUCAUCGGCAGGAUGUCACAAGCACCCCCUGCUGGAUUGAAAUUCACCUUCACGGACCGCUGCAGUGGUUGGACAAGGUUCUCACUCAGAUGGGCUCUCCUCAUAACCCGAUUUCUUCAGUAUCUUAACAGUCAUGUCUUAAGCGACAUUUCUAUAGAGUAGAUGCUAUUGCAAGCAGUGGCUUCUAUCAUUUCAAAUUCACGACUAAUUUCUAAAGACAUGUGUAAAUACAUAUAAUGUAUACUAUUCAUAUUUUUUUAUCACCAUUUGUUUUGUGCUUUCUAGUUAACCUGGUGCCACUACAGUGCGAUUAGAAAGGCAGGUUUUUCGUGCCUGUGCUAUAAUAAACAGCAACUUCUUUUGCAGGAGGAAACAAAUGAAAGGCAACAGUGUCAACAGUAUUUGAAGGGUGCUGGCAGAGUAAAAGGCAGCUGUAGUCAACAUCAUUCUAAAGCAUGCUGUGUGGCCUCACAGAAACAGUGAAACUGUUUAUAUAGCAAAAUCAGGUAUUAGCAGCACUAGAGCAAAUAACACUCUCAGAUAAAGCAAACUCAUAUACUUUAAAUGAUCUCAUGUUUAGUGCUAUUGACAAGAAAGAAAAAAGAAACAAGCUUGUACAGUGAAUUGAGAUAAGCCACAGAAACUUUAUUUCUGAAACUGACAUACCUAUAGCUGUGCUGAUAUUAACGGUACAUUUUAAAUAAAUUUAAACUGUGAU